AUGAGCAACCUUUUCGAGGCAAAGGUCAAGAGCGUACUUUCCGGCGAUACCGUCGUCCUCCACAACAUCAAGGACCCAAAAGCAGAGCGCAUACUCAGCCUAGCCUUUGUAACAGCGCCGCGAUUGAGACGAGAGGGAGAUGAGCCCUUCGCCUUCGAGUCACGCGACUAUCUCCGCCGCCUGCUGGUAGGCAAGGUCGUCCGAUUCCAAGUCCUGUACAAAAUACCCACAGGCGCGAACCGCGAAUAUGGCCUCAUUGUCACACCCAACAAGGAGAUACUACCCCAACAAGCCGUCGCCGCAGGCUGGGUGAAGCUGCGAGACGACGCUGGCCGCAAAGAAGACUCGGACGAAGCGGCCAAUCUGAUUGAGAGACUCCAAGUAGACGAGGCACGCGCCAGGGCAGACUCAAAGGGAAUCUGGGCCGAGACGGGUGGCAGGAUCAACGUGGCUUUAGAGCUGAGCGAUCCCCACAAGUUUGUUGAGCAGAACAAGGGCAAGGACAUUGACUCGAUUGUCGAAAAGGUCCUUUCCGGCGACCGUCUCAUCGUGCGCCUCCUUCUUUCGCCCACCGAGCAUGUGCAAACCAUGGUCCUCCUCGCUGGUAUCCGCGCGCCAGCAACACAACGAACGAACCCCUCGGACGGAAAGGUGCAACCGGCUGAGCCAUUUGGUGACGAGGCACAACAAUUUGUUGAGGCAAGGAUGCUCCAGCGCGGUGUGCUCGUUCAGGUACUCGGUACUACACCCAAUGGCCAGCUCGUUGCAGAUGUCAAGCACCCGACCCAGGGCAGCAUCACACCUUUCCUCCUCAAGAACGGUCUCGCAAAGUGCACCGACCACCACACGACCCUUUUGGGCCAGCAAAUGGGUAUACUGAGGGGAGCUGAGAAGCAGGCAAAAGAAGGUCGAUUGGGCGUGUACAAGGAACACGUUGCGCCCAAGGUCACCCGGGCAGGCGAGCAAGAAGCCACCGUCAGCCGAAUCCAGAGCGCAGACACGCUUUUCCUGCGGAACAAGGCCGGUGCAGAGAAGCGCAUCAACCUCAGCAGCGUCCGUCAACCAAAGCCUACUGAUCCUAAGCAAUCGCCAUGGGUGGCCGAGGCAAAGGAGUUCCUGCGCAAGAAGCUUAUUGGAAAGCAUGUCAAAUUCCACGUUGAUGGAAAGCGGCCAGCCAGCGAUGGCUACGAUGAGCGAGAGAUGUGCACCGUCACCAUCCAGGGCAAGAAUGUUGGUCUGAUGCUUGUCGAGAACGGCAUGGCUUCGGUCAUCCGCCACCGACAGGACGACACGGAUAGGAGCCCCAUCUACGAUGACCUCCUACUGGCUGAGCAAGCUGCGCAAGAGGAGAAGAAGGGGCUGUGGUCGGACAAGGCGCCGUCUAUCAAACAGUACGUCGACUACUCGGAGUCGCUUGAAAAGGCCAAGCGCCAACUCACCGUACUCUCCCGGCAACGCAAGGUACCCGCAAUUGUGGACUUUGUCAAGUCUGGAUCGCGUUUCACUGUACUGGUACCACGCGAGAACGCAAAACUCACCUUUGUCCUCUCUGGUAUUCGUGCGCCUCGAUCUGCGCGUAACGAGAACGAAAAGGGGGAGCCGUUUGGCAAGGAGGCACACGAAUUCGCCAACCGACGUUGCCAGCAGCGAGACGUUGAGAUCGACGUCGAGGACUGCGACAAGGUCGGUGGUUUCAUCGGUACUCUCUACAUUAACCGUGAGAACUUUGCAAAGACGCUAGUCGAGGAGGGUCUUGCAACAGUCCAUGCCUACUCCGCGGAGAAGUCUGGAAACGCAAACGAGCUGUUUGCUGCUGAGCAGAGGGCCAAGGACGCACGCAAGGGCUUGUGGCAUGACUAUGACCCUUCACAAGAGGACGACGGCGAGGAAGUUGAAGCUGCUGAAGCUACCAACGGCGAGGCUGCUCCAUCAGCAAAGGCAGACUACCGCGAUGUCAUCAUCACACAUGUCGAAGACGAUGGCCGACUCCGACUCCAGCAAAUUGGUAGCGGUACAUCGGCCUUGACGUCGCUCAUGGACGCCUUUGGCAAGUUCCAUCUCAACCCAGCAAACAGCCAAGGCCUGUCCGACGCUCCCAAGGCUGGUGAGUUCGUCGCAGCCAAGUUCACUGCUGAUGAUCAAUGGUACCGCGCGCGUAUUCGACGCAACGACCGUGAAAACAAAAAGGCCGAGGUCGUGUACAUUGAUUAUGGUAACUCUGAGAUAAUCCCAUGGUCACGCCUCCGCCCUCUUUCACAGCCUCAGUUCUUGCCAUCAAAGCUUAAGCCACAAGCUGUCGAGGCACAGUUGGCAUACAUCCAACUCCCUGGCAACUCCGAGUACCUCCAGGAUGCGGUAUCAUUCAUCUCGCAAGAGACUGCCGACCGUGAGCUCGUUGCCAGAGUCGAGGCAACUGAGAAGGACGGCAUGCUCUGGGUCACUUUGUACAACCCUAGCCAGAGCAAAGACGGCACUGAGAGCAUCAACGCAGACAUUCUGAGUGAAGGUCUCGCCAUGGUGCCUAAGAAGCUACGACCAUUUGAGCGCAGUGGCGGAAACAUCUUGGCUGCCUUGAAGAAGAAGCAGGAUAUCGCCAAGGAGGAGCGUCGCGGCCAGUGGGAGUAUGGCGAUCUUACCGAGGACUAG